GACCUUCAAGCAUCCACUGUCCAUUGCCCAACGUUCAACACCCAGCAUCACUGUACCCGAACGUUGACUAAUUGAUAUCUCAAUUGAUUGGAUAUGAUUCCAACACCAGACCUUUCGCAUCUUACUAGAAGAGACUAUGAAUCGGUAUAUGAACCGGCAGAGGACACAUUUAUUCUUUUGGAUGCUUUGGAGCAAGACGCGGACGAACUCCGAAAUAUGCAGCCUUCGAUAUCGCUUGAGAUAGGGUCAGGAUCAGGAUGCGUCUCGAGUUUCAUUGGCACCAUUCUCGGGCCUUCGAAUACCCUAUACCUCGCUACCGAUAUCAAUGAACGCGCCGCCUCGUGUACUGCAAGGACAGGUCGUCAGAACAACAUUCCCAUAGAGCCAAUAAUAGCAAAUCUGGUUGCCCCGCUCCGAUCGAGGUUACGGCACGCCGUCGAUAUACUCGUCUUCAACCCACCAUAUGUGCCUACCUUUGAGUCUGAAGCCGAGGAUGCUCAAACGACAAGAAACAUUCAGGGCGCGUGGGCUGGUGGUGCUAAUGGCAUGCAAGUUACAGACUUGCUACUCGAACAAGUCGAUGAUCUCCUCUCAUCUCAGGGUCGUUUCUACCUUGUAGCUGUAAAACAAAAUGAUGUCCCUGCAAUCCAAGAACGAAUGCGACAACGCUUCAAUCUUCGAAGCGACGUUGUUCUCCAAAGAAGAGCAGGGAGAGAGCACCUUCUCAUCCUUCGAUUCCAACGGUGAAGCCACAAUUCAAUACUGUUCUGAAACAACAUCUUGGAGUCCAUCUGACUGAUACAAAGGGUGUGCAAUAAAAGCUACACUAAUUC